UACGCGUUGAAUACUGCAAAAUAAAUCUCUUCAAAUAUCUUCAAUUGCUGCGUACACUGAGCUGCAGCAGACACAUUUGAACGACUUUACUUGGACCCAUUGUGCGAGCUGUCUCUUUAAUACUUUGUGGGUUAUAUACAUGUUGCUGCUGAUUGGGCUGACACUCUUGACACGCACACCAAACAAGAGAAAAAAUAUCUUUGUGCCACACCUUUGCAUACCUUUUUCCAGGAAAUGCGUGGUUAUACCUGGAAACCGUAGCAAACGUUGCGCACUGGUUUGAGCUUGAACAUGCCCCAGGUGUAACUUGAAAUCUGAAUCAACAACAGCGUCAUUUCCACAGAAAUCGCCAUGACACAUACAAGGCAGACAAUGUAUGCAGUUGUUACCUUGGAAGAUUCAAAUGAAUUGAUGGUGGCAGCAUCAAACUGGUUGACUCAUGACAAGACACAAUGUUACUGGCCCUCAUUCAGAUCCCCAGAGAAGCUUACAGAAGCUGUCAGAGACAGACUUGAGCCUGUAACAGCAGGAAUACCAUGGGACAUAUUAAAAAUUCACUGUCAUGAAGAAUAUGACACUUUGGAAAAGGCAAAGAAGGGAACACUUAGAAUUAAAAAGGUCAAUGAAAUCCUAAACAGACCAAAAUCCGAAGACCCACAAGGAAUGUCCAAAAAUCCAGCAUUAGACCCAUCUACAUCAAUGUCUGCAAGCAGAAUGUCAACUAGUGACAAGGAUGAAAUCCUCCAAAUGCUGAAAGAAAUCAAGAGCAAGGUUGAUAAAAACUCCACCAUGUUACAGAAACUAUUAAAAGACCCUCAGGUUUCUGACGCAGCCCCCAGCAGCACAAGCAGUACGCACUCUAAAUAUAUCCCAUUAAACCUAAAUCUACCUCUUGGAACCCUUGAUGAUUUGGAGAGGAUUGAACAGGAAAUCAAAAAAGCAGUACAGCGCAAAAAAUAUGUGAAAUACCUUUCGGGACUUGGAGGAUUUGGGCCAAAGGCUGUGAUAAAGAAUAUAAUGCAAAAAGUCCUUGCAGAUGAUUUGGCUAAAGAGUUUAACUGGCAGGGGAGAGUUGGAAAAAGACCCUUCUCUCGUCUUGGUUUAGUAGAUAUUAUAAAAGAAGCUGCAUCCAAGAAUAAAUUGACUGAGAAGGAAUGUGAAGCUGAAAUAAAGAAGCAUUUGAGCUACACAGCUGAUCGAUUGUGUCGGAAGAAACCAAAUGAUAUGGGUCCUGGAGCAGUGAACCAAGACAGGAUUUCUUUCAGUGCCUCCAAGUAUGAGUUGACUUUAUUAGAAAGUCAUAAAGAACUACAGUAAUUGCCCAGACAUGCAUCAUUUGCUUACAUUAAAGCUUUAUCUUUUUUUCCAGCUCUCCUAAUUUUCGGUUACUUCUUGAUUUAUGUACAGUCAGUCAAAUGUCAUUUUUAGCUAAUCUUUUUUUAUUGAAACAUACCUUUGUAUAUGAAUGCAAGCGCUUUAAGUGAAACAUUACUGCAAUCGCUGAAUUCACUAUUCUUCAACUUUGUCAACAAACUGAAGAUCUACAGAUAAAAUGUUUCUUACAACCUACUUAGUACAUGCCAACAAUCAGAUCUAACAUGGAAAAGAUGGAACAUUUACACAGGAAAAAUUGUUUCUUUUAUAUUUAUUCACUUUGCUAAUUGGGGUCCAACAACGAGAGUUUGAAACACAUGUCAACCUAAAUGAGGGCUGAACUUGCUUUAUUUGCUGUUGUAUUAUUCUUUGAAAAGAGGUGACCUAAAAAAAUGUAAACGCUUAAUUUCCGCAAUAAUAAACGCUUUACUGUCCAUGUACUUUUACCAUUUAAUGAAUAGCAACAACAAUGCUUUUGACAUUACAAAUUUUAGUACUGCAAUCAAGCUUAAAUUUCAUUCAUGCAUUCAUUAUACAUUCAUUUAAUAAAAUUACAAGAAAAUA